GUUCACCCUCUCGAAGAUUCUCAGUUUUAACCAUCAAACCAAAACGCUUCCUUCAUCUCCUUAAUUUUACUUGAUUAAGAGAAGAAAGUAUGAGUAACGUGACAGAGAAACUGGGCAUCAAGAUUGAAAAAAACCCUUCUGAAGAAAAACUCACUCAACUUGGUGUUAGGCAAUGGUCCAAAUGGGGUUGUCCUCCAAGCAAAUUCCCAUGGACUUAUGAUUCCAAAGAGACAUGUUAUCUUCUAGAAGGAGAAGUUAAGGUAACACCAAAUGGAGCAAAUGAGUCAGUUGAAUUUGGUGCUGGUGACUUGGUUGUGUUUCCUAAAGGGAUGAGUUGUACUUGGGAUGUGUCUGUUGCUGUGAACAAGCACUAUCUCUUUGAAUAAUUCUUAAAUGUGGCAUAAUGUUUCCCCUAAUGAAUGAAAUAGUAGGACUUUCAUGAUCUGACUUGGCAUAUGUGCGUUACUUCAACUAUGUUAUUUUGUUUAGAAUGUAUCACACAUUAAUACAUUAUUCUUGUGUCAAUUUCUUUACAGAUCUAUCAUUUUUAAGGUGAAUAAGUGGGGUGUUCAAGGUUCGAGCCUCAGCACUUGUUCAUACUAACUAAGGUAGGUUCACGGAAACGUUAGCGCGUAUGUUGUAUUUAAAAA